AUGUACUUUCCUUCAGCAAUCGCAAUCGGCCUGGCGCCAUUGCUUGCAAACGCCUACCUCAGCGGUUCGGUCGGCCCAACAACCACCGUCUCCACUAAAUCUGCCAACAAAAUCUGCAAUGUACUGGACUACGGCGCUGUAGCAGACAAAUCGACCGAUGUCGGCGCAGCCAUCACCUCUGCCUGGGCGGACUGCAGGGACGGUGGAGUGGUCUACAUCCCGUCUGGCGACUACGCCUUCAAGUCCUGGGUGACUCUGUCAGGUGGAAAAAGCUGUGCUAUCCAGUUGGACGGUAUUCUCUAUCGGACUGGUACCGAUGGCGGAAACAUGAUCAUGGUCAAGCAUACCACAGACUUUGAACUGUUUAGUUCUACCUCUGAGGGUGCUGUGCAGGGGUAUGGAUAUGAGUACCAUAAGGAGGGAUCGAGCAGUGGAGCGCGAAUUCUGAGACUGUAUGAUGUGACCGAUUUUUCGGUUCAUGAUCUUGCUCUUGUUGAUGCACCUGCUUUCCAUUUCUCUUUGGAUACUUGUGAGAAUGGUGAGGUUUAUAACCUUGCUAUUCGUGGUGGUGACAAGGGUGGCUUGGAUGGACUUGAUGUUUGGUCGACUAAUAUUUGGAUUCACGAUGUCGAGGUCACCAACAAGGAUGAGUGUGUUACUGUCAAGAGUCCCGCCAAGAACAUCCUCGUCGAAAACAUCUACUGCAACUGGAGUGGUGGUUGUGCCAUGGGAUCACUCGGCACCGACGUCGAGAUCAGUGACAUCACCUACCGCAACGUCUACACCUGGAACUCAAACCAGAUGUACAUGGUCAAGAGCAACGGAGGCAGCGGUAAUGUUGAGAACCUCAUCCUCGAGAACUUCAUCGGCCACGGAAACGCCUACUCCCUCGACAUCGACAGCGCCUGGAGUAGCAUGAGCAAGGUAUCCGGCGAUGGUGUCCAACUCACCAACGUCACGAUUAGAAACUGGAAAGGAACCGAAUCAAACGGCGCCCAGCGUGGCCCCAUCAAAGUGAAGUGUGCGGAUGGCGCACCCUGCACAGACAUCACCAUCGAGGAUUUCGCCAUGUGGACUGAGUCCGGCUCUUACCAGUGGUACAACUGUGAGAGUGCAUAUGGCUCCGGCGCGUGUCUGAAGGAUGGUGAUGAGCAUACUUCGUAUACGACUACUCAGACUGUCAAGUCCGCUCCUUCUGGAUACUCUGCUGCAACCAUGGCUUCUGAUCUGGCGACGGCAUUUGGUACCGCGUCGCCUAUUCCUAUCCCUGCUAUCCCGACUUCUUUCUACCCUGGUGCAACCCCUGUUAGUGCGCUGGCUGGUGCCAAGGCCACUUCGUCUUAG